AAACACAGCUCAAAAAAAGUUUCCAGUCCGCUGAGUGUCGUUAGCGGGAAGAAGUUCCCCGGAGGCUGAAGCUCAGAAGGAGGCGCUACUCCGCCCCAGCCUCAUAGGCGGAAGGGACGGUAGGAGGGAGUUCAAAGUCAGCCCCGCGCCCGCUUCCUGUGCAGCUUUUGCUUUCGAUUUUGCUUGAAUUUCCACGGAGUGGGGAGCAGACGCUGCAGGGCCCCUGGUCGACCCUUCCUCAUGGAGCAGAAGCAGCUGGCAGAAGACCUUUCUGAUCCUGCAUCACCUCAUAUGGAUGAAAGUGAUGACGGAAGCUAUGAUGAUGAAACAGAUGCAAAGCCAGACAGAAGAAGUCGAUUCUCAAUGUUUGGGAAAAAAAAGAAAAAUGGACAGGAACAUCUGCCAGAAGUCUCUUCCGGUAGCCAAUACCGAAAUAUUAAUCCGACAUUCCGGUAUAGUAUGGAGUAUGAGAAAGUUGGUAAAUGCAUUAUUAUAAACAACAAGAACUUUGAAAGAAAAACAGGCAUGGGUAUACGAAAUGGCACUGAUAAAGAUGCCGGUGACCUACAAAAAUGUUUCCAAAAUAUAGGAUUUGAUGUGGCUGUCUACAACGAUCUAAGUUGUGAUGAUAUGAAGGAGACACUUCUUCGAGCUGCACUUGAAAACCAUAGUAAUGCCGCUUGUUUUGCCUGCAUAUUAUUAAGCCAUGGAGAGGAGGGUAUGAUCUAUGGUACGGAUAACUUUAUGGCAAUCAAGGAGUUGACUGCCUUUUUCAGAGGAGACCGGUGUCAAAGCCUCGUUGGAAAACCAAAAUUAUUUUUCAUUCAGGCAUGUCAAGGUUCGGAAUUGGAUGAUGGGAUUCAGACAGAUUCGGGUUCUUCAGGUGACACUCUGGAAAUGGAUGCCAAUCCAAACUACAAGAUUCCAGUGGAAGCAGAUUUUUUGUAUGCAUAUUCCACUGUGCCAGGUUAUUAUUCAUGGAGGAAUCCAGAGAAGGGCUCUUGGUUUGUGCAGUCUCUUUGCUCAGUUCUGAAGGAAUCUGGCAAAGAGUUGGAGAUCCUGCAGAUUUUGACCAGGGUUAACUACAAGGUUGCUAGAAACUAUGAAUCACAGUCCACUGACCCACGCUUCAGCAAGAAGAAGCAGGUUCCUUGUGUGGUUUCCAUGCUAACAAAAGAACUGUACUUCUGAAUUCAUACCUGCCUGGGCAGAUAACAACAGUGCCUUAUUUUUUUCCCUCUACGGUGAGAUUUAAAUAGCCACUGUACUACAUUUCAUAGUACAAUGUUGAACGUUUUAAUCAAAUCUUUUCAAAGCAGAAGAUAACUCUGAAUCUAGACCUUCAAUGCUUUGAUUCUUCUGAUAUGCGAUACCAAGAUUACCUCAGUUGAUUGUUAAUACACUUUUCCAAGAUACAACCAGAGGGUGUGUGCACAACUCUUGGUAGACACUUCCAUUGUUUGUUUUCAUUCAUGCUGAAAGAAAGAAUGUUCAUACCAGUCUUGCUUGACCUUGUAUGGAGUCAUCUUAUGGAAACAUCUCAUAAUUUUCUACUUUUGUUUCCAGCUUUCUCUUACUACAUGAAGAUAAGAACACUUGUUUCUUGGUUAUUUCCAGUAGCAUUAGAGGUUGGUGUUUACACAAAUGAGACAUUGCCAUUUGACAUAUGUUGAUUGGUCUUGAUGUGAAUCUAAAGUCAGUAGCUUGGAUCCAGCCUUUCUUAUGCUUAGGAUAUGCCCAUUGAGCUCAAUAGGACCUAAGUUAGUCAUAACAAAUUACCAAGAAUCUCAGUAGAUCUACUCUGGGCAUGAUGAUGUAAGAUUCAACUUCCUUGCAAUUAUCUACUACUUUUGGAGAACCACAGUUCUUUCCUUCAAAUAUUGUCAGCCUGGUAAAUCUACCCAGUCUCCAGGGUAGAUUUUAUGUAAUGUCUAAUACAUUUGUAAUGUCUAAUACAUUAUGUAAUGUAUUAGACAUUACAUAAAAUGCCUGUACGUGCACUUAAAGACAGAAGGAACCAUGACUCUUGACCACACAAGCCAUUCCUCUUAUAGAAAAUGUAGCCCAUUAAGUGCUGGUUUUAAUCAACAUAAAAAUAACUUUUCUUGUAUAGUUAGAAUUUGUGGAUCAAAUAAAGUUCAGCUUCAUAACAAAUCUACUGAAUUCAGCAGGAAUGCCAGUGUCUUCAGAAACAAUGCACUAUGAACUCUGCUAAAAUGCAUGAUUUCUGUGUUUUUGUCAAUUAUUUUUUAUUUUUUUUAAAACCUAAACAGUAGAAGGGGAGCAGGGAAAUGAAAAAAUGAAUAAAAAGUGACAGUUUUCUUACAAAUAAUUUAGUAUUUGGGUAAAUUCAUGGUGAUAUGCAUUGUAAUGCUAUGUUUUGUCACUAUGCCAAAAAUAUAGCAGGAGGUUCCAAUAUGUGAUGAUGAUGAUGCAACAUACAACGAAGUGGGAAAGUAUGAUAGUUUGAAAUUGACAUAACAAAAUGUGUGUGGGGGUGUUUUUUUGUUCGUUUGUUUGUUUUUGGGGUUUUUUGUUUUUGUUUUGUUUUUUUGCUUUUUUUCAGGAGAAAGAGUAAACUUUUAAGUUUUGGUACUAGAACAUCAGAGGGAAAUCUGUCUUGCAAUUAACAGUGAAAUAUUUUCACUUAUUCAUAAAAUUAUUUUGGCACUAAAGAAUUGCUGAAUUCUUUGCAAUCUCAUGUCUGCCAAUUAUACACAGGCUUAGUUAGAUAUUUUCCAUAGCAUUUCAAAAAAUCUAUUGUUUUCAUUCUCCAUAUAAAACUGGAAAUUUAAGUAGCUUGAAUUAGUGCAGCAAAUCAUAAGACUUUUUCUUCAGGGAAGAAAAUUAGAAUAGAGUUAUCUGUAUAUGAUUGGUGAAAACAUGGCUGAUCUGUACAUUAUAUUGUAUUACAUGGAAACAAAGUAUCUAUUUUUUUCCUAAAAGAUGUUAGUGAAUUCUGUGGGAAAGCAUCAUGAAACAAAUAAAGCUACUUUUCCAACAAA